CAUCUUCCGAUUCCGGCGGAUGCCUUCUCAUCCCGGAAGAAGUCUUCCAAUGUGAAAGCGUAGAAGUUUAUUCCCGAAGAAGCCGGGCGGCGUUUCGUUCUGCGUGGAGGCCUGCCCGCUCAGAGGAGAGGCCCCAGCCAUGUCGCAGCGGUGGGCCGUGCGCGCCGGCGACCAGGCCCUGCUCUUGUGGGCCGCGCCCGUGCUACCCGGGGCUGUGGCGGAGGCCGCCGAGGAGCUGCGGUCAGCGGUGGGGCCUCGGGGGGCCGUGGCGGUGGAGAACGUGGACAUGCUGGCCCAGUCGGGACAUGAGGCGUCGCGGUUUGACGUGGCACUGGCCGGGGUGCUGCCGGGUUCCGUGCUGGUGCACGGGGAGGAGACGCUGGCGGAGCUGGCCAGGGUGCUCAAGCCUGGGGGGACGCUGCAGCUGGUGCAGCCGAUAGCGACGCGCGACGGCGUGGCAGCCGUGCGGACCGCGACUCGGCUGGCCUCUGCUCUGAAGCUCGCGGGACUGGUGGACGUGUCGGAGGUCGCCUCCGAGCCGCUGUCCGCCGAGGACGUGAAGGCGGCGAUGGAGCUGCUGACCCCUGACCUCUCGGGGUCGCUGUUGCGGGGCCGUGUGACGGCGCGCAAGCCGCAGUUCGAGGUCGGCUCGAGUGCUCAGCUCACGCUGGGCGCCGGCACGCGCGCUGGCACGAACCCCGCGCCCAUCGACAAGCCAAGCAAGGUCGACCCCAAGGCAGCAGCUGUGUGGGCUCUCUCUGCAAACGACAUGGGCGACGAUGACAUUGAGCUCAUCGACUCAGAUCAGCUGCUGGAGGAGGAGGACCUGAGGCGGCCCGAUCCCUCGGAGCUCAAGGCGCCGAGCUGCGGGCCCGGCAAGAAGCGAGCCUGCAAGAACUGCUCGUGUGGCCUGGCUGAGGAGUUGGAGCAGGAGGCGACCAAACAGAAGCCGGCGCUGCCCAAGUCGUCCUGUGGCAGCUGCUACCUGGGCGAUGCCUUCAGGUGUGCAGGCUGCCCCUACCUGGGCAUGCCGCCCUUCAAGCCCGGAGAGAAGGUGUCGCUCUCUACUCGCCAGCUCACGCCGGACGUCUGACCACGUCUCCCAGGCUCGGCCACCAACCACUACAUCUACCUUGUGAAUGACUGCCUCACCCUUUCUCUGUCAAAGAAAUAUGUCAGCUGAUUUUCUGCAGCGUCUUGAGAGUGUGAUCGAUCUUUAAACGCGAUGAAAUUCCAAAUCGAAUUUCAUCAAGUCGCAAAGAGAUCCGUAGACUCGCAUUGAGAUCCAUAGACCAGCGCAGAGACUCAUAGAAUUACGGAGAGGCUUGCAUAGAGACCUACAGGCUUCCCUGUCCCUGGUCAAGUCUGGGUUCAAAAGCAUUUUUUUUUCUCUCGAGCUUUCGCCACCACGCGCCGCUGCGGGACAUCUUUAGGCGUUGAAUUGGCUACUCAAAACUUCUCUCUUCUAAACUAAACUAUUUUUUACGUUACCAGGUUUAGAGUAUUUGGCUCGCGAUACAUUUACACAUGAUAGGCCACUUUAUUGAGCUGUCAUUUGUGGCGAGGUCGCUUCUGAAAAAGAGCUAUAUCGCAGCUAAAUACUGAAUAUGACCAACUCUUAUCAAAUGUUCACCGAUUCCGUCCAGCGUCUCGAGAUGCGAUCACGUUUGGACGCGAAUAUAAUUGCACAUUGUGUUGUUGUGGACCCAGCCGUGUUUCCUACCCCAGCUCCCGGCUAUGCCCACCAGGGUUCCCCAAAUGCCGGUCCCCACGCAAACGCCUUGGAAAAUAUUUUCGAGUUCACCAGAUCGGCGAAUAAUUCGAAUGCAAGUUAUUUCGUUGCAAGGCCCGACGAUUGCUACAUGCUUUGCUCGUGAUGUAAAAAGUGCCCACUCAAAUAAAAUUGAGAUCUUGAA